UUGAAAGAAGACGUGCUCGCGUACAGUAAACGACUCUACCUCACACAGGAGCGUCACUAACGACAAACUUCUCGAUAUUCGAAACGUGAGCUCCACCAAAAUCAGCCAUAAAAAAUGAAAAGCUGAAAGUCUUUUCCCAAUGUCUUAAUUUGUUUAGUAAGGAUUAUUGAUCAGUUCAGAGUUUUCAACAUCUGCGGCUGCGGUUUUCGAGCGCCUUCGUUACAUUUGAGAUGUCAAUGGCUUGGAUUAUAUAUCCCUGAACGUCACAGUUUACAAGUCACUGACUCAUUUUCAAGUAGGUGUGGAGCAUGUGGGCCAGCUGCUGCGGCUGGCUCUGUCUGGAUGAUUCCACUGUGGAGGAAACCAGAAGUAGCACACAACAUCAGGCCUUCACAAACUCUGGCUUCAGCAGUUACCCAUCUCCCCCUGCUCCAGAACACACGUGCAAGGCCUGCGGAGGUCGCUUUGACAGCCUCGCCAGGAAGCACAUGUGCAUGGACUGCAAGAAAAACUACUGCAGCCGGUGUUCCACUCAGCAGGACCUCCAGCCAUGGCUGUGCCACACUUGCCAGCGUUUCCGUGGCAUCUUGUUCGAGCGAGCCGAGCUGAUGAGACUCAAGGUGAAGGAUCUGAGGGAGUACCUCCACCUGCACGGGGUCCCCACACAGAUGUGCCGUGAGAAGGAGGAGCUGGUCGAGCUGGUUCUUGGCCAACAGACACCUACAUCUGACACGCACAUUCCACCCCCAGUAACCACACGCUUAGACCCGCAGGAAGCCCCUAACACUCCAGUCAUUACAGCAAGCCCGUCGGGGAACAACGGCACAACGGAACUGGGACCUCCAAUUCAAACAACAGAAGAUGGACAGAGCUUGGCUGAGGCGACAGCUGAAAGCGAGAUGGACGAUGAGCUGCAGGUGGAGCAGGAGAUGCAGUCUUCAGACUCUGAAGAAGUGUUGGCUCCUGGGCGACGGGCGUCCCUCUCAGACCUCAGAUCGGUGGAUGAUAUUGAGGCUUUGAGUGUCCGGCAGUUGAAGGAGAUUCUGGCCAGGAACUUUGUGGACUACAAGGGCUGCUGUGAGAAAUGGGAACUGAUGGAGAGAGUCACGCGUCUCUACCACGACCAGAAAGACCUGCAGAACAUGGUGUCCAUCGCCAUAGAAGGCACAGACACUGGAUCUGGGAUGGCCGUGGAAGAGAACCUGUGUAAGAUCUGCAUGGACUCGCCCAUCGACUGUGUUCUUUUGGAGUGCGGGCACAUGGUCACAUGCACAAAGUGCGGCAAGCGCAUGAGCGAAUGUCCCAUCUGCCGACAGUAUGUGGUGCGGGCAGUGCACGUGUUCAGAUCCUGAAUGACUUUCACAAAGCACCGGGACAACCAGCGUCCCCCAGUCCUUCCUCAAACAACGGAUAUUGAAUAAGACCGUCAGGUGGCCUUUAAUUCUUGAACUGUUGUCUUGAGGCACUUUAAAUGAUAGCGAAUAAGAUCUCUAAGCAUAACUGUACUGGUUUCAGUUUCAGUUUUUUCAAAGUGUGCCUUCUGGAUGUUUUGAAGAGGAAGCUUUAUUUUUGAUUGUGGAAUCCUGUCACAUGUUUGUGUUUCACAUGUGCAGAUGACACAAAUCAGUGCAGCAUAAAUGCCCAUUUCUGCAACUGCUCCUAUUAAUAAACUCUGAGAGGAUCAUAUGAUCGUGAACACAGAGAGAGCGUCUUCUGAAAGUGCCUCGUAUGUCACUGCCCUGCUGCUUUUCACACACCUGUUGCUUUUGUACUUCUUCUUUUUAAUUAAUCUUUUCUUUUAGAACCCACAUAUUGGAUCUCAGGUUUAAUCUGCCACCAACAUCCAGGCUGACACUGUAAAAAUGUACUAACAGGAAUUAGACUUGUCACACAAGACUUGUGAGAUCUGUCGAUUCAUCUCACAUGAGCGACGGAAAAUAGUUUAAAUUGCUGACAGCUAUGUGUGAGACAGACAUGGGUGUGGAACCUAGAAAAAGAGUCAUUGUUUGUUGAAACUGAUUCUCAUUCUGACUUUGCCUCGAUGAAUCUCAUGAAAACUGCCCACAUCAAAAUCAAACUGUCAAGUUUUAAUGCAGAAAAAUCUUAAUUGCCUUCAUUUUCUUAAAAAAGGGAACAAAAGGACAGCACACUGCCACAGUGCUCUAUUAUAAUAGUAGACAAACAGCUUUAACCUGUGCAGUCUUCAUCAGGUAGUCGAAGCACUGUUUGUCUACUAUUAAAAUAGAGCAUUGUGGGAGUGUGUUGUGCUUUUUAAAGUCCUUCUUGGAUGUUAGUUUGGUCAUGCACCUGCUCUAAACUUGGGCACAUACCUAUGGAAGCUUGUGUCCAUCACUAAAUAAAACAUAAAAAAAGGUAAUUGCGCCUUUUUAUCUCACAAUUCUGACUUCUUUUCUCAGAAUUGCAAGAAAUAAAGUCAGAAUUGCGAGUUACGUCAGAAUUGCGAGAUAUAAACUCACAAUUACGAGAAAUAAAGUCAGAAUUGUGAGAUAUAAACUUACAAUUAUGAGAAAUAAAGUCAGAAUUAUAUCUUCUGCCUAUUUCUCGUAAUUGUGUUUAUAUCUUGCAAUUCUGAGGAAGAAAAGACUGACUUUUUUCUCAGAAUUGCAAGUUAUAACGUCAGAAUUGCGAGAUAUAAACUUGCAAUUGUGAUGUGGGAAAAAAAGUCAGAAUUGUGACAUAAAAAGUUGCAAUUAUCUUUUUUAUUUUUUAGUUAGUGGUGGAAACAAGCUUCCAUACACACCGUUUCAUGUUCUUUAUGCAAAAUAUUUAAUUUUUUCCUCUUUGGUUUUGGUGUGAAAGAGGAUUUCCUUCCUUUCAGACCCCUUACACUGAAGGUUUGAUUCUGAACCAACCCCUUCCUGAUGGAUGGUUUUGAUUAUGGAACAAAUAUCCCAUCUGAACUUAGUUUAGGCAGAGGAAGAGUCAAACUGCCUCAAACAGCAGCGCUUGUUACAACGCAGUGCUCGAUUUAGCAUUCGGGACUCUCACAGUGCCAUCAAUGAGCAGUCUGAAGGUGUUGUUUGAGGUAGAUCUCUUGCAGGAAUUUGAUUAGCAGCACUUUAGCCUUCGACAGCCAUCAGCGGAGGAAAUAUCAGGUGAACAUGUCUCAACAUUCCUGCUGCGGGCUUCUAUGGUGCCUUACAGGUCACAGGACAAGUAAAGGCCUGCUAAUAUGCCGCAGCACCUCCCUUCCCGUUUCACAUUCAAUUACCAUCGACUAGUGCUAUUCUUGGGAAGCCGUGUGAUGAGCAUACAACGAUGUAAAGGAAUGCUAGUGUUCAUUGACACUAACUGCUUCAGCUUCUUCAGAAUUCACUCAGAAAUUUGUCAUUUAUUCACCCUAAUGUCAUUCCAACCCCUUAUUUUCUGUUUUAUAUACUAUUAAGGCCCAUUCACACCAAGAACGAUAACUAUAUUUGCAUCCACACCAACGAACGAUAACUCUGUUUAUUCUAAGCUCACGCGCUGCAGUUUCAAAGUGUGUACAUGUUUUUGCUGUUCUUGUUGCAUUUACACCAGCAGAUGUCCUCAGCAUGCUAUGUUUCAAGUGAAUAGCUAGUGUAAUCGAUCUAAUCUAACAGUGAAUUUAGAUGAUGAAGUCAAUAUAGUGGAAUAAAAACAACACCUAGUCUUUUUCACUGCAACUUCAAAGGAAGAAAGACAGUGUUGUCAAAACUAACGCUGGAUAUCUGAGGUCAUUUUAUUACACUGAUUGCUAGCCUGGCAUAAUGAUCUCAUCGUUAAUACUUCUCACCAUUUAUUCUGAGAGUGUGAUCGAUUGUUUUCCAUAUAUCCAUUUUCUUUAAAGUAUCCUUGAAAAGGGUGGUUGACUUGUCAAACAUUGGUGGAUUUUUCUAGACCUCGCCGAUUAACUUUUCCGCAGUGUCGUCUGCCAUUUUGAAUGCGCCAUUUUGAAUUGGCUGUAAGUGUUUUAUCGUUCAACAGCUGGAAAAAAAGUAAUUCUGAAAGUGAUCCAAACGAUAUCGUUUCUCUUUAUCGUUAUAGCUGUGGUGUGGACAGUGCUAUUCUUUUAUACUUCUAAAAAUCAUUUUAAAUAUAUCUUUAUCGUUAUAAAUCGCCUGUAGUGUCCACAAAAAAACACAAGGGGCCAUACUUCUCUUUUGGAGGUCACAAAUUUUAUUCACACUAACAUUUAAAUUACAGAAAGGGUGCCGUUAGAUGUCUCGCGCCAGGUCUGACAUCUUCAUCAAAUGUAUUUAGUGCACACUUUGUGUCCAAUCACAAGUUUCAAUGUGGCUGUUUGUUGCAUAUUUUGUGACCAAUACCAUUGGACGUUUUGAUGUAUAUGACUGCAAAUGGGAUUUGAGAGCUACCAGAGGGGAAAAUCAUAUGGUUUCAGAAGACUUAUAUCAAGUCAUAUGGACUCUUAUAAUAAAUGUAUGGUGUUUUUGUUCUUUUGUGGAGCUUGGCAGUAUAAAUCACCCUCCACUUUAAUUGUAUGGAAACAGGCAGAUUGAACAUUCUUCCAAACAUCUCCUUUUGUGUUUCAGCUGAAGAAAAAAAAAAUAAUAAUAAUACAGGGUUGGAACAGCAUUAGGGUAAAUAAAUAACACCACUUUACUUUUCUUAGAGAACUAUUCCUUUAAAUAGAAAGGCACAUCUGGAUGCAAAUUUGAUUUUUCUGAAUGUAAGGCUUGGCAACUGUUAUGUUUUAUUUCCAGGGUUGCCUUAAGAGGUUUCCUUCGACAGGAAUCACUGUCCCAAAGAGAAAAAAUGUAUAAAUAUAUAAAGUAAUAAUAAAUAAAAUGUGGCUCUAGUGAAAGCAUCUGCAUUCAAAUCUCAAGUGCAAGACUAGCUAAUAAGAAAAAUCAUACUUUGGAUUACUUAAAACUUGAUUUCCUAUCACUGUGAAGUUAUUAGAGAAUAGUCAUUUUAAGGUUUAGGUUUGGAUCAGUAAUGUUGUCAUGAGUAUGAUCUGUAAAUAUAAAGAGGGAACGCUUUCAUUUUCAAUUCAGAUGUGUUGUUUGAAUGAUAAUGGUGUGAAGCAGAUAAUUUCUUAAUAAGAACUGAUAAAAUAUAUUUUAAAAACGUACUAAGCCACCAGUAGAUUUUGUGUGUUUGGUCGUUGACGAAUUUUUUGUAUUAAAAUCUAUUUCCAACA